AAUCCACAUGUGUGCGAGUGACGCUUGCGCUAUUCACGAAUAAGUCGAGUCGGCGCAAGCAAAACUCAACAGCUAAACGUGCUUCACGCGAUUUGUCCGAGGUGUGCCGCGCGUCUCAGCGCGUCCCAUCGCGUCUAGAGUCUCCCGCCACUGCAUCCCGAUCAUUAGACUAUCUCAACGUUAAUUAGGCGCCGAUAAUUAUUCAAAACCGCCCAGUGUAAUUAAAGUCAAAUUUUCCCAAAGAUCGCAAAAUUUUUCCCGAACUUUUUCUGCUUUUUUCCACCGACUCUUUGCAUUUUGAAUUUUGAAUUCGUUUUCGCAAACUCGCGGAUUAAAUUUUUUUUUAAUAUGGAAGAGUGAGUGUUUCUCGUAAAAAUUCAUGGAUGACGGGUAGAGUAAGCGGGAUAUUUUCCGUCCGUUUGUGCACGAAGACUCAAAAAGAUUAAGUGCAGAGACGUUUUUUUCAUGACAAGUGAGAGAGCGACGUAAUUUAAGGAGAAUGAGUCGAGGAUGAGGAGGAAAUCGUAUUUCUUCAUGUGACAAUUGGCCGGAUUUCGAUUAUUUCCGGGAUUUUAUGGUUGAGAACGUCAAGGGAUACACCAUUUCCGGGGAAUCAUGGAGCUGCAGACAGAGUCACCGGGAAAUUCAACGACGACUGUCGGUAGCACUGUCGCCGAGGAGGAGUUCAAGAGAAUCACCCAGGAACGAAGGCUGGAGUGUAUGGAGGCACUCGCCCUUAAUACAACCCCUCCACCUGAACCUUAUUGCCCUGGACUGUUUGAUGGAUGGUCUUGUUGGCCGAAUACACCGGCGGGUCAGAAGGUCUUCACGAAGUGUCCCUCGUUCAUCACCGGAUUUGACGAGUCAUUGUAUGCGCACAAAAUUUGCGAGCCCAACGGCACAUGGUUUAGACAUCCCGAUUCCAAUCAAAUAUGGAGCAACUAUACAACAUGUGUGGAUAUAGAGGAUUUCAAUUGGCAGCAGAGGAUCAAUAUCAUCUACAAAACUGGCUACACCAUAUCACUGGUAGCACUGGUUAUCUCCCUGGGGAUACUAGCAUAUUUCAGGUCCCUGAGGUGUGCGAGAAUAACUCUUCACAUGAACUUGUUCGCCUCAUUCGCUGUGAACAACACCCUCUGGCUGAUAUGGUACGGAUUGAUAGCCGCUAAUGCUGAACUACUCAUGGAGAACGGAAUGCUCUGUCGUUUGCUGCACGUGAUACUCCACUAUUUUCUACUUACAAAUUAUGCCUGGAUGUUGUGCGAGGGUUUUUAUCUUCAUACACUUCUCGUGAGUGCAUUCACGAGUGAGCAUAAUUUGGUGAAGUGGUUGAUGGGGACAGGAUGGCCAGCCCCAGCAAUUAUCGUUGUCGUUUAUGCGACUUUCAGGGCAACCAGUGAUGAUCCCAAGGAUAAUUCACAGUGCUGGAUAGACGAAGGGAACUACAUCAAAGUCCUGGUCUAUCCUGUUUGCGUGUCAACUCUGCUCAAUCUUCUCUUCCUUUUCAACAUUGUUCGGGUUCUUCUGACUAAACUCCGAGCUGGCCCGGCUAUUGGAAGUCGACCGUCGCGCUCGAUGCUUCAGGCUUUCCGAGCUACCCUCCUACUAGUACCACUCCUGGGGCUCCAUUACUUACUGACACCCCUCCGACCGCCGAAAGAUCAUCCCUGGGAGCAGUCGUACGAGAUAAUAUCAGCCAUAACUGCCUCCUUUCAGGGCCUCUGUGUUGCCAUUCUCUUCUGCUUCUGUAACGGUGAGGUGAUCGCCCAGUUUAAACGCAAAUGGGAGGGUUCAGCAUUCAUGAGAAAACGCGCCAACUCAUGCACAGCUACGACAGUUUCGUUUGUACGCUCGACCGCAGGUCCGAUGGCGGGAGAGGAGAAGGUGUGACUAUCAAAAGGAUAUUACAACGCCAGAAAAGGAACAGGAGAACGAGAAACGUGACAUAAUCGCUAAUAAUGAAGGAACGCAGGGAGAUAAUGAUGUACCUCUACUCAUCAUCAAACAGUAUCAGACUCAGUGUUGAUGGGGUUCGCCUUCAUGGACCACUAGCUGUUUAAGGGCGGAAGGGUGAAACAGGAGAAAAAAUAUUACGAAUGAAAAUGACAUUUUUUUCUAAGAAAAGUUCAGAAUUUGAAAAAAAUUACCAAAAUCGGUUUUUUAUUUAAUUCUUGAUGAUAUUUCUCAGAAAUAAAUCCUGUUUCACCAAUCUCGUAUUGAAUUGUCAAUCAAUGAUAAAACGUGUAAGUCAACCGAUAAUUUAUCCCUCAUUCAUCGUUUGCAUUAUAAAUUCUGUAAAAUGAGAUUACAUCGAAAACAUUUUCCACAUACUCUCAAUUACUUCCGAUAAUUGUGUUAUUUUAUGAGCGGUAACAACGAAUUAACAACAAGUAUUUGCCACUAGUUGGAUUCUUAACGAUUGAUUUGAAUAACCGAGAUGCGCAAGAAUUUUUUUAUCUCGUAUUGAAUAUUUUUUUAAUGUAAUUGUUUGCUCAAUUUGAAAAACGCGCUGAGACUAUUUGAUUUACCGUUUCGUUUGAAAUGCAUUUCAUUGUAAAUUUGUGCAUUGGUAUCAUCGAUGAUAUUGUAUAAUAAUUGGAUUCCUAAUGAAUUAUCACAGCGCAUGGAUAAAUGCUGUACUCAUUUUAACAAAUAAGUUUUCUGGAAUAAUUUUUAUACGUGAUGUAAUAUAACGAUUGAAUUGUGAGUGUAAAUUGAUCGUCCGAUAAUUUAAAAUGCCUAGUUUAUAUUUUUCAGAAGCAAUGUGUACUUACAAGAGAGAAAACAAAUUAUUUUAAAUACUUAUUAACAUACGAGAUGGAAAGUAAUUUAUCACUAGACUAAGAAUGUAUAAGAGUUCAUGAUUGUUGAUUAUUAGUCUAAUUGAAGAAUUUAUGGAGAAAAUUUAUUCGACGUGUAUGAAAAAUUGUAGAACUGAAUAAAAUUCAUAUUUGUCUGUGGAAA